AAUUCAACUAAAUCUAUCGAAUAAUGUAGAAUAGUCCAUCGUAUUCAACCAAAAUGAAUUCUGCAAUUACUUGUUUGGUUGUACUCGCGUCUCUGUUCUGUGUGGGAUCUGCAAUUUCAUAUUGCGACAUUUAUCCCAUGUUACCUGUUUGUGCAGCAACAACAACAACAACAACAACACAAAAACCAGCAUUUGAUAUUUGUGCUUUUCAACCUAGCCAUUCGAGCUGCCAGCAAGUUGAAGUUAUAGAACCCGCAUAUUGUAAAGUGUUUCCUUUGUGUAGGUAUUGUGAGUCGAACUGUGCUAGUGUACCGGGCUUUAAUACACCUGAACCAACCACGCCAGAGCCUACCACACCUGAACCAACCACGCCAGAGCCAACAACACUAGAACCAACCACACCGGAACCAACUACUCCAGAACCAACCACACCGGAACCAACUACUCCAGAACCAACCACACCGGAACCAACUACUCCAGAACCAACCACCCCGGAACCAACUACUCCAGAACCAACCACACCGGAACCAACUACUCCAGAACCAACCACACCGGAACCAACUACUCCGGAGCCAACAACACCGGAACCAACAACACUAGAAGCUACAACGCCGGAACCAACUACUCCAGAACCAACCACCCCGGAACCAACUACUCCAGCACCAACCACCCCGGAACCAACUACUCCAGAACCAACCACCCCGGAACCAACUACUCCAGAACCAACAACCCCGGAACCAACUACUCCGGAACCAACCACCCCGGAACCAACUACUCCAGAACCAACCACCCCGGAACCAACAACACUAGAAGCUACAACGCCGGAACCAACUACCCCAGAGCCAACUACAUCAGAACCAACCACGCCGGAACCAACAACACUAGAAGCUACAACGCCGGAACCAAGCACGCAGGAGCCAACUACUUCGGAGCCAACCACACCGGAACCAACUACUCCAGAACCAACCACACCGGAACCAACUACUCCAGAAGCAACCACACCGGAACCAACUACUCCGGAACCAACAACACCGGAACCAACAACACUAGAAGCUACAACGCCGGAACCAACUACUCCAGAACCAACCACCCCGGAACCAACAACACUAGAAGCUACAACACCGGAACCAACUACCCCAGAGCCAACUACAUCAGAACCAACCACGCCGGAACCAACAACACUAGAAGCUACAACGCCGGAACCAACCACGCCGGAACCAACUACUUCGGAGCCAACCACACCAGAACCAACCACUCCAGAGCCAACUACGCCAGAACCUACCACGCCGGAACCAACCACACCGGAGCCAACCACACCGGAACCAACUACUCCAGAGCCAACUACCCAAGCAAUUGAGCAGUUUGAUGAUCCAGAACAACAGCGGUGCGCGGUCCUGGCUUCCGCUCCGGAUAUGUGUAUGAUUCCAUCAGUAAUGGAUGGGUGUUGUGCGUGUCCAGAUCUUUAUCCAACUUUACCUAACUGCCCAACAACAACACCGCCGCCCACUACAACACCGAUGCCAACUACAACUACAGCGCCGCCUACCACAACACCAUCGUUUUGUCCUGUUUUUGAGCAAUACAAGGAUGCGAUGUGCGUUGGUACACUACUUGAUGCUUGCUGUGAAUGUCCGAAUCUGGUUGAUGGCUUAAACUGUCAACCUGAAACAACAGCAGCUGCCACUACUCCACUAGCAACAACAGCAGCAGCUACAACUCUAACAGAAACUACUCCAGAAGCUACAACACUAGCAGCAACAACUGUAACUGAUACAACACCCGUAGACACAACUACUCCAGCAGCAACAACGCCAGUCGCAACUACUCUACCAGCUACUUCUCCUGCAGCUACAACGCCAGCAGAAGCAGACCCGACUACUGUAGUAACUACGACGGUACCCACAGUUCCAACUACUCCAGCUGCAUCAACACCGGCAGAAACUACUCCAGCAGCUACAACACUAGCAGCAACAACCGCAGCUGAUACAACACCCGAUGCUACAACACCAGCAGCACCCACGCCAGCAGAAACCACUGCAGCUGAUACAACACCGACAGAAACUACUCCAGCAGCUACAACACUAGCAGCAACAACUGUAGCUGAUACAACACCCGCUGCUACAACACCAGCAGCAACAACGCCAGCAGAAACAACUGUAGCUGAUACAACACUAGCAGCGACAACUGCAGCUGAUACAACAUCCGCUGCUACAACACCGGUAGGAACAACGCCAGCCACAACCACCCCCGCAGCUACAACACUAGCAGAAACUACUCCAGCAGCCACAACGCUGGUACCAACUACUCCAGCUGCAUCAACACCGGCAGAAACUACUCCAGCAGCUACAACACUAGCAGCAACAACUCUCGCUGCUACAACACCAGCAGCAACAACGCCAGCAGAAACCACUGCAGCUGAUACAACACCGACAGAAACUACUCCAGCAGCUACAACAGUAGCAGCAACAACUGCAGCUGAUACAACACCAGCUGAUACAACACCAGCAGCAACAACGCCGGCAGAAACAACUGUAGCUGAUACAACUGUAGCUGAUACAACACUAGCAGCGACAACUGCAGCUGAUACAACAUCCGCUGCUACAACACCGGCAGGAACAACGCCAGCAGCAACCACCCCCUUAGCUACAACACUAGCAGAAACUACUCCAGCAGCCACAACACUGGUACCAACGACACCGACCGCAACUACUCCAGCUGCAUCAACACCGGCAGAAACUACUCCAGCAGCUACAACACUAGCAGCAACAACCGAUGCUACAACACCAGCAGCACCCACGCCAGCAGAAACCACUGCAGCUGAUACAACACCGGCAGAAACUACUCCAGCAGCUACAACACUAGCAGCAACAACAACCGCAGCUGAUACAACACACGAUGCUACAACACCAGCAGCACCCACGCCAGCAGAAACCACCGCAGCUGAUACAACACCGGCAGAAACUACUCCAGCAGCUACAACACUAGCAGCAACAACUGCAGCUGAUACAACACCCGCUGCUACAACACCAGCAGCAACAACGCCAGCAGAAACCACUGCAGCUGAUACAACCCCAGCAGAAACUACCCCACCAGCCACAACUUUAGCAGAAACUACUCCAGCAGCUACAACACUAGCAGCAACAACAUCAGCAGAAACCACUGAAGCUGAUACAACACCUGCAGCAACAACGCUAGAAGAAACUACUCCAGCAGCUACGACACCCGCCGCAACUACUGCAGCAGCUACAAUACCACCAACUCUCCCUGUAGUAAAUACUUUAUGCGAAGGACUAGCUGUAUACCCAGAAGUUUUAUGUGCUAAUGAAGACAUUAAAGUGGAAUGCUGUAAAUGUCCUGAUCUGAUGGACUUGCCCGAAGUUGGCUGUACAGCCACAACACCCACAGGGACAGCAACAACGCCAGCUGCAACAACGCUAGCAGAAACUACCCCAGCAGCGGCUACAACAGCAGCAGAAACAACACCGGCAGAAACUACUCCAGCUGAUACAACACCAGCAGCAACAACACCAGAAGAAACUACUCCAUCAGCCACAACUCUAGCAGAAACUACUCCAGUAGCUACAACACUAGCAGGAACAACGCCAGCAGAAACCCCUGCAGCUGAUACAACACCUGUAGAAACUACUCCAGCAGAAACUACUCCAGCAGCUACAACACUAGCAGCUACAACACUAGCAGCAACAACUGCAGCUGAAACAACACCCGCUGCUACAACACCAGCAGCAACAACGCCAGCAGAAACCACUGCAGCUGAUCCAACACCAGCAGAAACAACGCUAGCAAAAACUACUCCAGCAGUGGCUACAACAGAAGCAGAAACAACACCGGCAGAAACUACUCCAGUUGAUACAACACCAGCAGCAACAACACCAGCAGAAACUACUCCAUCAGCCACAACUCUAGCAGAAACUACUCCAGCAGCUACAACACCAGCAGCAAAUACACCAACAGAAACCACUGCAGCUGAUACAACACUAGCAGCAACAACUGCAGCUGGAACAACACCCGUUGCUACAACGCCAGCUACAACAACGCCAGCUGAAACAACACCCGUUGCUACAACGCCAGCAGCAACAACACCAGCAGAAACCACUGCAGCUGAUACAACACCAGCAGAAACUACUCCAGCAGAAACUACUCCGGCAGCUACAACACUAGCAGCAACAACUGCAGCUGAAACAACACCCGCUGCUACAACAGCAGCAGAAACCACUGCAGCUGAUACAACACCAGCAGAAACUACUCCGGCAGCUACAACACUAGCAGCAACAACUGCAGCUGAAACAACGCCUGCUGCUACAACACCAGCAGCAACAACGCCAGAUGAAACAACACCCGUUGCUACAACGCCAGCAGCAACAACACCAGCAGAAACCACUGCAGCUGAUACAACACCAGCAGAAACUACUCCAGCAGAAACUACUCCGGCAGCUACAACACUAGCAGCAACAACUGCAGCUGAAACAACACCCGCUGCUACAACAGCAGCAGCAACAACGCCAGCUGAAACCACUGCAGCUGAUACAACACCAGUGGAAACUACUCCAGCAGCCACAACACUAGCAGCAACAACUGCAGCUGAAACAACACCCGCUGCUACAACACCAGCAGCAACAACUCCAGCUGAAACCACUGCAGCUGAUACAACACCAGCGGAAACUACUCUAGCAGAAACUACUCCAGCAGCCACAACUCUAGCAGCAACAACAGCAGCUGAUACAACACCGGUAGAAACUACUCCAGCAGAAACUACUCCUGCAGCUACAACACCAGCAGAAACUACUCCGGCCGCCACAACUGCAGCCGAUACAACACCAGCUACUACAACGCCUGUUCCUAAUAAAUGUAAAUACUCCGAAUACGUAACUACCAUUACCAAGAGAAUAAUUUCUGGUCAAUCAACAUUUGAUAAUACAUAUCCUGGUGUCGUCAGCUUUCAAUCGGAUUCAUACACGGCUAUUGGAACUCCUAUCAAAUUAACCAUUUGCUCUGGAAUAAUUCUUGAUGAAACGCACAUUUUAACCACACUAUCUUGUUUCCAGUUCGUGGAUGCGAUGGCCGAUUUUUCAUCUGCAGAAGCUGUCAUAUCAGAAACUGAUACUAGCAGUACAAGUGGAGCUGAACAGACGAUUCCAUUAACCUACCCAAUCCCAAAUGAAACCACUGGGGAUAUGGUGGUCAUGACGCUGGAUACGCCAAUUGACAUCAACAGCGUGUCGUCAGCUCCUGCAUGUGUUAUAAACGACAACAUGGCGAUUGAUGAAACUUCGUGUCAAGUGCUUGGUUUUGGUAAUAUGUAUACUUCAUUUCCCUCAACCAGUUUAAGAGCUGGAGAUGUUACUUUAGUUGCAAGUUGUUCUACGGACGCAGUUUGCGCAACAAGCACCGGAAGUGUGGGAUGCACGGGCGAUGAUGGUGGACCAAUAAUGUGUCGUGAGAAAGAAACUGGGGAAUAUGUAACUGUGGGGUUGAUGACGUCAACUGAUUGUGACGAAACUCUUCCACAGACAAUUUACAGUUUAAUGCCCGGUCUGCAAUACAAUGAUAUCGCUAAGAGUUACCCUUAUUAUGACAUCACAGCAUAAAGUUAAUAUAACUGAGGACAGUAUUUAUCACAACUCGUGAUGUUAAAAUAUAAAACUAUAAUAUGAUAUAAAUAUAUAUUCUUGCAGACAGA